AUGAUUUUAUUAUCAUCUUUAAAUAAUAUAAUAAAUUCUAAUUAUCUUUCUACAUUUGAUAGAAUAGUUGCUUAUGGUAGUUUGGGAUUUUAUUUUGGAAUUUUUAGCUAUAUAAUAUAUUUAGUUUAUAUUUACAGAAUUGAGGUAACUUUGGUUUAGAGUAAUUUGUAGAAAUUUUUUUUAGUUGAAAGUCUUGAAGCUCAUUUGUCUAGAAGAAUAUAUUGGGUUCUUUUUGAGUUGAGAAAAUUGUUUUGUUGCCUUUUUGUUGUGAUAUACAAUAAGUAAGUAAUAUCAAUUUGGGUAUCCAUAACUAUUAGUUUUGUGUUUAUUUUGUUUUUAACUUUAUACCGCCCUUUUAGUUCAAAGUUAGAGUUAGGAUUUUUAGUUUCCUUAGAAAUAAUUUUCUUUAGUUCUUAGAUAGUAUUAGUGUUUAUGAGUUAACUUGAUAGCAUUUAAAGUAAUUUUUUAAUUUAUUUUGAAUUAAAUAUUUAUUUAAAUUUUAACCAAAAGACCUUAUUUCAAUCCUUGUAGUGUUUCUUUUAUCUUGUAAUGUCAUUAGUAUCUUUUUAAUAGUAAGAAAAAUUUACUAAGUAAUAUAACAAAAAAAGAUUGAAUAUGAAAUUUAAUCAUUCAAUAAACUUAACCAGUUAAAAUAAAAAGAAAUGUCUGAUUUGA